AUGGGUCAGGUCAAACCACCAGUAGGUUUCAGCAGCUGUGCUGAGAUAGUGAGGGUCGAGGAACCCAGAACCUCAAAGCUGCCAACAAAUAGCCUAGCUUCCCAUUCUGAGUGGCAUCAUCAGCAAGAAGCUGAGAACACUGUUGAAACAUGGCUAAGGUUCCACAAGCUCCUCCAGAAGCUCCAGUUUGUGGACGAAUCCAAAAAACUGCAGGAAACUGAAGAAGCCAGGGCUCUCUGGAGAAAUGGCUGUUUCAUGGCAAAGCAUAUUGUUAUCCUGAGACAACUUGUCUUCCAGAGAAGCGCGGCACCGGCGUGCUUGACUUGCACCUGUGUCUCGGCUGUGAAUACAGUGAGGGUGGUCACGGCUCCUCAGCGUCCGCAGCUUUCUGGCCCAACCCUCCCAGCUUGGUCGCGAACGGCUGCCGCCGGACUGGGGCACAAAGACCUGGUUGGCUUAGUCAAGAUUCUUUGUCCUUGCCUGGGAGGACAGUUCAGGGGACAGACGACCCCAAGACUACCAAGAACCCAGAUCCGGGGAUCACUGACAUUUGGGGAUGUGGCUGUGGCCUUUACCCAGAUUGAAGGGAGACACCCGGAUGCUGUUCAGCGGGCCCUGUACAGGGAUGUGAUACUGGAGAACUAUGGGAAUCUGGUGUUUGUGGGGCUUCUCUCUUCCAAACCCAAGCUAAUAACCCAGUUGGAGGAAGAGCCGUGGAUGGAAGUAUAAGGGGUUCCAUCAGGUACCUAUGCAGUUCAGGAGUACAUAUUUGAAACAAAGAUGUCAGCCCUACAGCAAAAUACUUCUGAGAGAUCUGAUUUGGGAGAACAAACAAAAAGUGUCACGAUGGAAAGAGGCCUGGAUUGGGAACGCAGAAGUUGCAUAGAGAAGACACACUAUAAAUGCGAGGAACGUGGGAAAGUCUUCAAAUACAAUUCCUCCUUUAUUAGCCACCAGUGAAAUCAUACUGGUGAGAAACCCCAUAAAUGUAAAGAAUGUGGGAUAGCCUUUAUGAGCAGCUCAUCCCUUUUAAGUCAUCAUAAAAUUUACAUAGGCAAGAAAUGUUUCAGAUGUGUUAAAUGUGGGAAAUUCCUCAAGAAGCACUCAACAUUUGUUAAUCAUCAGAAAAUUCGUUCUAGAGAGAAACUCCAUAAAUGCUAUGAAUGUGAAACUUUCAGAAAUAAUUCUAUUCUUUUAAGUCACCAGAGACUUCAUACUAGUUAGAAACCCUACAAAUAUAAUGAUUGUGGGAAAGCCUUUGCUCAGAAUUCAGGCCUUGCUCCUUAUGUGAAAAUACAUAGUGGAGAGAAGCCAUUUAAAUGUAAUGAAUGUGGGAAAACUUUCAGGGGUAACUCAGAUCUCUUGUAACAUCAGGGAAUACAUACUGGUGAGAAACUGUAUCAGUGUAAUGAAUGUGGAAAAUGCUUAUUUAGGAAAAGCUCAAGUCUUGUUAGUCAUCAAAGAAUGCAUACAGGAGAGAAACCUUAUCUCUGAAGUAAAUGUGGAAAAUCUUUCAGGUAUAGCUCAUCCUUUGCUGGACAUCAGAAAACUCAUAAUGGAAAUAAACCCCAUCAAUAAACCCCAUUACUUCAAUGUAAUGACUGUGGGAAAGCCUUUAACAAGAGCUCAGCCCUUAUUGAACAUCAGAGAAUUCUUACUGGAGAAAAGCCCUAUUGCUGUAAGAAAUGUGAGAAAUCCUUCAGGCAUAGCUCUGGCCUUGCUGAACAUCAGAAAAUCCAUACAGGAGAAAAACCUUAUGAAUGUAAUGAAUGUGGGAAGGCUUCUCCUCAGAAUUCAAGCCUCAAACAACAUAAGAAAAUUCCUAACAAAGAAAGAGCCAUCAAAGGUAGUUAGUUGGGUAAAUCAUGAGAGACAGUUUAUUCCUUUUUGACCAUCAAGGAGGAGACAUUCAAUAAAUUAUACACUUAAUGAAUAUAUUCUGUGACCCUCUAUCCUGGAAAACUUCUCACUUGUGAGGAUGUUCAUUGUAGUAUGGUUUGUACUAGAGAAAUAUUUGAAGAACUUAAACGUAGCAAGAACCUAAAUGUUACUAUGUAGCAAGUGAAAAGAAUGAGGGAGAGCUCUAUAUACAACCAUAGGUAUAUCUCCAUGAUACCUUGAUAAGGUAAAAAAGCAAAUUGCAAAGAAUUAAUAUUGUAAAAAUGGCCAUACUACCCAAAGCAAUCUACAGAUUUAAUGUGAUCUCUAUCAAAUUACCCAUGACAUUUUUCACAGAACUAGAACAGGUAAUCCUAAAAUUUACAUGGAACCACAAAGGACCCAGAAUUGUGAAAGCAAUCCUGAGAAAAAAGAACAAAGCUAGAGGCCUACCCCUCCCAGACUUCAGACAACACUACAAAGCUACAGUAAUCAAAACAGCAUUGUAUUGGCACAAAAACAGACACGUGGCUCAAUGGAACAGAAUAGAGAGCCCAGAAAUAAACCCAAACACCUAUGGGCAAAUAAUCUUCGACAAAGGAGGUGAGAAUAUACAAUGGAGAAAAGACAGUCUGUUCAGCAAGUGGUGUUGGGAAAGCUGGACAGCUACAUGUAAUAAAUCAGUGAAGUUAGAACAUGCCCUCACACUGUACACAAAAAUAAAUUCAAAAUGGCUUAAAGACUUAAAUGUAAGAUACCAUAUAACUCCUAGAAGAGAACAUAGGCAAAACAUUCUCUGACAUAAGUCAUAGCAAUGUUUUCUUAGGUCAGUCUCCUGAGGAAAAAGAAAUAAAAGCAAAAACAAACAAAUGGGACGUAAUCAAACUUUGCACAGCAAAGGAAACCAUAAACGAGACAAAAAGACAACCUGUGGACCAGGAGAAAAUAUUUGCAAACAAUGUGACUGAGAAGGGCUUAAUUUCCAUGAUAUAUAAACAGCUCAUACAGCUCAAUUAAAAAGAAUAAAAAUGAAAUCCCAAUUAAAAAAUGGGCAGAAAACCUAAAUAGACAUUUCUCCAGAGAAGACAUUCAGAUGGCCAAUAGGCACAUGAAAAGAUGCUCAGUAUUGCUAAUUAUUAGAGAAAUGCAAAUCAAAACUGCAAUGAGGUAUCUCCUCACACCGGUCAGAAUGGCCAUGGUCAAGAAAUCUACAAUAAAUGCUAGAGAGGGUGUGGAGAAAAGGGAACCCUCCUACACUGUUGGUGGGAAGGUAAAUUGGUACAGUCACUAUGGAGAACAGUAUGGAGACUCCUUAAAAACUGAAAACAGAUACCAUAUGAUCCAGCAGUCCCUAAUUUAAAAAGAUACAUGCACCCUAACAUUCAUUGCAGCAUUAUUUACAGUAGCCAAGACAUGGAAGCCACUUAAGUGUCCACUGACAGAUGAAUGGAUAAAGAAGAGGUGGUAUGUAGAUACACGUAUAUAUGAUGGAAUAUUACCCAGCCAUAAAAAUGAAAUAACGCCAUUUACAGCAACAUGGAUUGAUCUAGAGAUUAUCAUAUUUAGUGAAGUAAGAGAAAGACAAAUAUCAUAUGAUAUCACUUAUUUGUGGAAUCUAAAAGAAUGAUACAAAUGAACUUAUGUACAAAAGCAGAAACAGACUCACAGGCAUAGAAAACAAACAUUUGGUUACCAAAGGGGAUAGCUGAGGCGGGGAUGAGGGGGAGAUAAAUUGGGAAUUUGUGAUUAGCAGGUACACACUACUAUAUAUAAAAUAGAUAAACAACAAGGACCUACUGUACACAGUGAAUACUGGUGUAUUCAAUAUCUUGUAAUAACUUAUAAUGGAAAAGAAUCUGAAGAAGAAUAUGUAUUUAUAUGAUGAAUGAAUCACAUUGUUGUACACCUGAAA